AUGCCACAUUGUUUACUGCAACGAAGUGAUAAGGAUCAAGAGUUACGAGACUAUCAAUUGGAAGGAGUCAACUGGAUGUUGCAUGCGUGGUCGAAAGAGAAUAGUUGUAUAUUGGCCGAUGAGAUGGGUCUGGGCAAGACCAUUCAGAGUAUCGCGUUUCUGUCGGUGUUGUUCCAUCAGUAUGAAGUUUACGGUCCGUUCUUGGUGGUCGUGCCGUUGAGUACGAUGGCAUCCUGGCAAAGGGAAUUCGAGAACUGGGCGUGCGAUCUGAAUGUGAUCACGUAUAUGGGUGAUGUGAUCAGUCGGGAUUAUGUUAGUUAUUAUUAUUAUUAUGAUUGUUGUUGUUGUUGA